UGUAACGAGUGAGGACGUGGCCUGGAUUUUUUCCUCCGGGCUAUAUGAAAAUGUGGACUUUGCCUUUUGGAAAUAUUUAGAUUCAAAGAGUCUGGAAGAACUCUGCGACUGAAUCCCUGAUUGUUUUCCAAGGGAUAAACGUCUGUUGUUUGUCUGCUGAAAGCUUUUGCGGAGUAGGAAUGGGUGCUAAUUGUACCCUCUGCUGCUGUCACCACUAUCUGGUGCAGAACAGAGAGGAGAAGAAGGCUAUCCUGCGCAUGAGGACCACUUCAGGGCGCAGGUCAGCCGAUGAGUUAUCCAGUGAUUCCAGUGACAGUGAGACGGAGGAAGAAAGCCUCUUUGGACCACACUGUUUGGAGAAAAACCUAAAAACUAAACAGCAAAGUCAAAGAUUAACAGUGGAUCCGUGGGUUUAUUCCAACAGAGCAGACGGGUCUCUGAUCAGAUGUGGAUCGGACAGAGAGCUGCAGGCCUUCAUCAACAUGAGAGACCAGGCUGAUAAGGCUACAGAGGAAUGGGAGAAGUUGAAUUAUGACAUCCACACACUGCGCUACGCCAGGCGAGAAGUCAAAUCUCGAUGGAAGAAAAUCUUGCUACAGCUGGGUUAUCAGUGUGAGGUGGAUUCCCUGCUGUGUGUGAACAGACAGAGCCAUUUCAGACCAGAUCAAGAACAUUUUGGCAAAGCUGCUGACCUUUUAAAACAGCUGCUGGAUCACACCUCUCUGUUCCCUCCUAGAACAGAACAUCAUGACAGAUACCUGUAUGUCAUGGACCGCCUGGUGUCACUGGACAGUGCAGAGGACUUUAUUAAACUGGCCAAACAAAAAUAUCCCAAGAAAGAAGGCUGAGAGGCAAAGCAAGCAGGAACAAGGAGAAAAGUUGAAAUAGUAUUUCAACUAUGUCUGCACUGUUAACAGACUGAAGUACAGGAUUGUGCAAACAUAUAGUAUUUAUGUUUAACAUAUAGUAUUUUGCAUAGUAAAUUUAAAAGAUCACAUAAACGUUUUUAUGUGAUUAUAUAUGCUUCAUA